AUGUUGGAAGAGAGAAGGGGCGAUGUACAACUAUUGGUUAACCAGGCAAAACGAAAGGGAGAACUUAUUAGACGUGAAGUUGAGGGGUGGCUGGCAAGAGUAGAUGAAGCCAACAGAGAGGCCAACAAUAUUCUCAUACAAGGUCAAGCAAACGAAGGGUGUUUGAAUGGGAGGUGUCAAAACCCGAAGUCAUGCCACUCAAUUAGUAGGAAAGCAAAAAAGAUGGUGGAAAAGGUGGCUGAGCUGCACGAAGGUGGUGACUUUACCCGAGUAAUUCUCGUCAUAUUGGAUGAUGUUUGGAAGAGAGUUGAACUGAAUGAUAUUGGAAUUCCAUUCGGAGAUGACCAUAAAGGUUGCAAAAUUUUGGUGACUUCCCGAAAUGAAGAGGUUUGCAACGAUAUGGGAGCUCAAAAAAAAAUUCCAGUUCAAAUCUUGCAAAAAGAAGAAGCAUGGAAUUUUUUCAAAGAGAUGGCCGGAAUUCCAGAAGACGACACUAAUUACCAGUCCAUCAAAAGAGAAGUUGCAAAUGAAUGCGGAGGCCUACCGAUUGCUAUUCUUACAGUUGGAAGGGCACUCAAUGGAAAAGGUGAGUCUUCCUGGCGUUCUGCUUUUGCACAACUUCGCAAGUCCAUCGGCGAAAACAUAAGGGGAGUAGAGGAAAAUGUGUUUAGACUUCUUGAGUGGAGUUACAAUAACUUGGAAAGUGAGGAAGCCAGGAGAUGCUUUUUGCUUUGUUCCUUAUUUCAAGAAGAUUAUGACAUUAAGGUAGAAGAUAUUGUUAGGUAUGGGAUUGGACUAAAGUUGUUUAAGCGAAUUGAUAGCGUGGGAGAAGCAAGAGACAGAGUAUGUGCCCAUGUAGAUCACUUGAAGAAAUGUUUUUUAUUGAUGGAUGGCAGAGAUGAUCGAUGUGUUAAAAUGCAUGACGUGGUACGUGAUGUCGCAAUAUCGAUCGCAUCUAGAGAGGAACAUUCGUAUUUGGUUAGGUGUGAUGGAGCACUGAAAGAAUGGCCAGAGGAAGAACGACGUGGGAACUAUGGUGUAAUUUCAAUGAGAUGCACCGGUAUGGGGUGGGGGCUACCCGAUAAUUUAGAGUUUCCAAGGCUCCAACUUUUGCGGCUGGAGUGCGACGACUAUUAUCGUCAACCUCGCAUAGAAUCCCCCGAGAGCUUGUACCAAGGGAUGAAGGAACUCAAAGUGGUAGCUAUUUCGAGGAUGGAGAUCCCAUCACUGCUGCCAUCACUCCGAUGCUUAGCCAACCUUCAAACCCUGUCACUGUCUCGUUGCAAUUUGUCGCAUACAGAUUUGUCAGUAAUCGGAGGGCUUAUGAAUCUGGAAAUUUUGAGCUUUACUGGAUCUAAUAUCAAAGAGUUGCCGAGAGAAAUAGGUAAUCUUACUCGCUUGAAGCUACUAGAUUUAUUGCAUUGCGCAGCAGCGACAAGGAUUCCUCACGCAGACACAAGGAUUCCUCAUGGCGUUUUGACAAGUUUAUCGAAGCUGGAAGAGUUGUAUAUUGGGAAGAGCUUUACGGGGUGGGAUGUUGUUGAAGAGGGAAAAGAUAUAAUAUUAACUAAUGCAUCCAUAGCCGAAUUAGCAUCGUUGCCUAAUUUGGUGGCUUUGGAUAUUGAUGUACCAAAAAUUGAGUGUUGGGUCUGGCCCAGAGAUGUGGACGUCCUUGGGAAGAUAAGGGCAUUCGGUAUUUCGUUGGGGCAAUCAAAUAUAAAAAGUACUGCCAUUGAUGGUCAAUGUUUGCUUCCAUCAACUAAUCAAUUGGUACUCAAAGCACUUGACGUCAGUCGUGGUGUUAUGGAGAUACGUGGGCUUAAGAUGCUUUUGAAGAUCACGACAAAUCUACAGUUAGAUUCAACUAUUGGGGUCGGGCACGGUAUCUGUGAUUUGAACGAACUUGGUUUUAAACACUUGUCAAAGCUGAGAGUGGUUAAUUGUUUAGAUUUAGAGUGCCUCAUCAACACAAGCGAUGAUCAGCUGGAAAAGGAGGCCUUCUGUGCGCUGGAAACUCUGGACCUAGAAGACUUGCCUCAACUGAAGCAUUUGUGGAAGGGUCCCACUCAACUUGCAUGCCUCCGCAAUCUUACGUGUGUAGAGGUGCAUGAAUGUCCAAAAUUGGGAUAUUAUGUGUUCUCACUUGCCAUAGCCAGAAAUCUCGUGCAAUUGCAUGAGCUUCAGGUAACGAGAUGCAGUGAAUUGGAAGUGAUUGUUUCUGAUGGAGGAGGAGAGCAUGAGAUAGAAGCAGUAGGAGAAGAUGAUGAUAUUGUGUUUCCGAAACAGGAGUCAUUGCGUCUUUGUUUUCUGCCAAAUUUUACUGGUUUUUGCAAAGGCAUGAAUGCAAUUAGGAUGCCACAAUUGAAACUGUUGAGACUCCAAUACAUUUCAAAGCUCAAUUAUCUAUGCCCUGCUUCAAGGAGUAAUAAUGAUACCACCAUUCAACCACUAUUCAACAACAAGGAUGCAUUGAGUAGCAUAGAGGAAUUGCAUUUGAUUAAAGUGGAAGACCUUAGAGAAAUAUGGCCUGGGGAUCUUCAAGAAAAACUAAGGGAGAUUUGGGUUUGUGGAUGUGACAAGUUGUCGAAUAUUCUUUUUCCAUCUAAUUUGAUCGAAUGCAUGGAAAAGCUAGAACUUACUGUAGAGUCCUGCAAGUCAGUGGAAGUAGCAUUUGACUUGGGCGAACUAAAUAUUGGUGGAGAAGGCGAUGGGAAUAUAGACAUAGCAAUAUUCCCUUGCUUAGCUUCUUCGACACUUAUUGGGCUACCAAAGUUGAGGCAUGUUUGGGCGAAUUAUCCACCAACAAUAUCUCAAGGCUUUCAGAAUUUGACAUCCCUAUAUGUGUCUUCUUGCGGCAGUUUGAGAAUUUUGGUCUCACCUUUCGUAGCCAGACUUCUUGUGAACUUAAAACAACUACAUAUAAAUAGAUGUGAUACGAUGGAAGCAAUCAUUGACUGGGAGGAAGAAGAAGUAGAUGACGGGAUCAGAACAAAUAUAAUCAUCUUUCCUCAACUAACUUCCCUCCAGCUCUUCAAUCUGCAACUCUUGACGAGUUUCUGCCCCCAGCGUUGCACUUUCCAAGGAUCGUGUUUGAAAGAAGUGCGAAUACAAGAUUGUCUUGCAUUGGAGUCACUCCCUUCGGCAGUCCAAUGCGUAAUUGACGAGCAAGGGUAAUUUAUGAUUUUGUGC